GGAAAUAGCUGUCCAAAAGCAAACGGACAAGUCAAAAGCUCUCUCCUCCCUUAGAAGUUUUUAACAUGUUUCGCUCUCUCAGUGCUGGUACCAAUGCUUCUCUGCAUCUUCUCUCUUUCUCUCUCGGGCGGUUCUGGUUAAGAGGGAAGCUUUAUUAGGGGCAUGAAAAUUGUCAUUUCUUCUUUCUAGAGAUUAGUAUAUUUAGUCCUUUGUCUUUCUUUCAUUAUCCUUUCACUCUGCUUCACCUCCUUCCCCUGCUGUUCUCUGCUGAAGCGGGUUUUAUUUAUUUUUCUAUUCCUUGGAUUCCAAGGGAAGCCACUCCUCUCUCUCUCUCUCUCUCCCUCCCUCCCCCCUCUUAUAGCUCAGGAGGCUUGGAUUCCUGGAGAAGCUUGCUACAGGAGAGCGAUGAGUGUUACGAAGUUCAUCAAAUGUGUUACUGUGGGAGAUGGAGCAGUGGGGAAGACCUGUAUGUUGAUCUGUUACACGAGCAACAAGUUUCCCACAGAUUAUAUUCCUACUGUGUUUGACAACUUCAGUGCAAAUGUUUGUGUUGAUGGAAGCAUUGUCAACUUAGGGCUUUGGGACACUGCAGGCCAGGAAGAUUAUAGCAGAUUGAGGCCACUUAGUUAUAGAGGAGCAGAUAUUUUUGUUCUGGCCUUUUCUUUGAUCAGUAGGGCAAGCUAUGAGAAUGUUCUGAAGAAGUGGAUGCCUGAACUUCGUCGUUUUGCACCAAAUGUUCCAAUUGUGCUUGUUGGAACUAAAUUAGAUCUACGCGAUGACAAAGGGUAUCUUGCUGAUCAUCCUGGCGCUGUCGCAAUCACUUCGGCACAAGGAGAAGAACUCAGGAAACAAGUUGGGGCUGCUGCAUACAUAGAAUGCAGUUCAAAGACACAGCAGAAUGUCAAAUCUGUUUUUGAUACUGCAAUCAAAGUUGUUCUCCAACCUCCAAGGAAAAGGGAGAUUUCUAAGAAGAAGAAGAGGCGGAGUUCUGGUUGCUUGAUGAUGAAUUUGAUAUGUGGAGGAACCUGUGAUGCCUGAGACAAGCGGCAACUGAUUAUUGCAGGCUUUGUCUAUCAGUAAAACACUUUUCAUGACUGAAGGUAGGAACUUCUUUUUGGAAAAUAGUAAGCUGAGAAGCAUUUUGUUGUUUGAUAGGCUGAACUUUUGGAUCCCUUUGCUUAAAAUGUUAGCAGUUUGGUUCUUUCUAUAAUGCUUUAUAGUUUGUACUUUUUCGUUUCUUUUAGGCAUAUGAAAUACUUCUCAUACUAAUCUGAAUAUCAAUCUGCUAUUGGCACUUGAUAGAUAUGCUUGACAUGUUCAGAGUUCCCAUUUAUGGAGCUUUGCAAUCAU